AUGUUGGGUUUGGCAGCGCUGCUGUUGUGGGGGCUAGACUGCGUGGACGGCGAACAGGUCCGUGGGGUGCGGGCGCGGUGGUUCACACAAUACGAGGACUGCUUCAGCCUCAUCGGCAACAGGGACAUUUACGACGAGGUCUCCGAGAUUUGCUACGACUGCCAAAACCUAUUCCGACAGUCCGACGUCGAGGAUAAAUGUCGGGCAAACUGCUUCUGGAACGAAUACUUCGUGCUGUGCGUGCACGCCCUGCAGCUCUGGUCGCGCAUCCCACAGUACAAGCUCACCGCCAACAUCCUCAAAGUCGGCUAG